CCAAUAUCUCUUGAUAUUAUUUUUUCAAGCUUACAUCAUUCAAUGUCAUGUCUGUAGGUUGAGCUACUUCUUAGCCUUGAUAUUUUGUUAGCAUGAGUUUCAACAUUUCAGAAGUGUUAGGAGACAGUACCUGUGUAAAUUUUAAUAAAUGUAGCCAAUUGAUGCUGUAGUAAGUAGCCUAGUAAAUGAUCCAAUCUCAAUAUGGCUGGAAAUCGAUAGGAGGCUAUCAGACAGCAGCCUUAAUGCAGCGAACCCAAACAUGGAACUUAUCAUUUCGUUAAAGAUAUUAAAUCAAAUACGCAGUUAAAAUUAGCAAUUUUUAGGAAUAUUUAACAUUUUUUAUUGUUUUGUUAGUAACUUUUGUUGAUUAUUAUUAAAAUUAAUUAGUCUUGUUAAUGUUCGGUUUGUUUCGGUAUUAAUUUAGUAACUCUUGAUAUAUUCCAUGUGUGGCAUUAAGCUCAGUAGCAGGACAUGAAGAGAAGACAUAAGAUUUUGGACGGAACAAAACAAAAUUACGACUUUUGCUGCCAACUCAUUCUUUUCCCUAUGCUUAACACUCAUCGUAUUCUGUGCUAAGGCACAGAGUAGCAUGAAGUGCCCACGGAAGUCUUCAAUGCCUUCCGGUAUUCAGCAUUGGCUGGAAGAGCAGUUAGAAGCCCGUGGUUUUGACGCUACAAUUUACUCUAAAUACAUUCUAAGUGUGCUCUGCAACAGUUCUUCUGACCUUCCCAUCAAGCCUAAGGAUCCUGCAGUGAAAACCCUAAUUGAUGAGCUUAGUGCAAACUUAAAAGGAAUUCAAGCAAAAGGCCUAUUCCCACCCUCUGAAUUAGCACGAAAUAAAAAUCUUGAAGAAGAACAACCCCAUUCAUCCCCAGAAAAGCCCUACAGAUAUUACUCCGCUUUUCCUUCUCAGGCAUCAAAAUCCAAGACGGAUCAAACCUGCUCUUCAGUUGGAUCAUCGUCUAGUAUUUGGAGUGGUAAACGAGUGUUCGGUAGCUGUAUUGGGAAAAAUCGUACAUUUUCCGAAGGUAACAACAGGGACAGCAAGUUCAAUAGUUUCAUCUGGUUGGAAGAAGACAAAGAGAACAACGGUUGCAACAGAGAUGCUAAGGAGAAGAUGAGAUCAAGAUCUACAGUCAAGCAGCAAACUCCAGAGAAGGUAUACAGAAACAUGGCUAAAUCUUUGGAUCGUAAAGACGACUUGUAUCCAAAUUCAGAAAUGAGCAAAAGUCGAAGGCUUUAUCAGCAAUCCAACGAACUCGCAAAUGAAUGUACUCAAGCGCUUUGGAGUACUGAGAAAUCAUACGAUGAUCUGUCAGGAUGUGAUCAAGAUCUGCCGAUGGAUUUUCAACAACUUCUAGAAUCACCUGAGGCUUCAAAAUCGAGUUUUGAUUAUUCUCGAUGCGUUGGUACAAAACAGCCAUCUUCAUUCAUACAGUGCGGUACCAAUAUUACGAGUUCGAUUUGGUCUGAGAAAGCUGAAGACACUAUUGAUUGUUCAAUGAUUGGAGAAACCAGCAUUGAUUUGAACUUUAACAAGUCAGUAUGGAAUACUUCAAAUGAAACAUCCCUUAACAGACCCGAGAUACUCAAGCAGUCAGGAAGUUGUUUAAAAUCCAAUAUAUGGAGUACUACUGAAACUAAUGUCUUCAGUGAUAACUCUUGGAAAGCUGUUGGAAACAAUGAUACUAAGGAAUGCUCAGGAGAAUUUGGCAAAUGGUCUGACAUUGAAAAUACUAGUUUGUUGCUUAAUGAUUCUGAUAGUUAUUUUUCUGCGAUAGGAUCUAAUCUCCAUGGCAGCUUGACCGCUCUGAACCACAAUAAAGAAGAUAGCAGUUUUACAGAAGUGAUUCCAAAAGUGCCCAGUAUAGGAUUAAGCAUCACCAAGGAUUCAGUAAACGUUGAACCUGUUGUUACACGCAACGAAAGUAGGACAUCCAAAAAGGAAGAAGAAGAUCUUUUGACAUCAAUGAGAACUCACUUUCGGCCAAUUAAACAAGAAACCGUUGAAGUUUUUACAUCCACCAUAGCUCCCACAUACCCUGAUGGCACUACUUUUCCGAUUUCUAGCAAUUUGGAUAAGCCUAAUUUUCACAGAAGUCAUAGUGGUGGUCUUUAUUUGGAUUCUGAUAUGAAUAAAAAGUACAUGGAGUUCACUGAUGCUGAAGAUGAUAACCCUAGUGAAUUUGUUCCGAAAUUCCGUGUUGACCAAAAUGAAAAGUUUUGUCAGACAGAAGAGUUUUUGAUGCCACCACAAAGCUAUGUUGAGGAAGCAGAUCGUGAAACCAUGUUUUUUCCUGAGGAUGAAAAUUUGGUCAGAAAAAUGGUUGAAGAAGAUGAGGAGGAAGAAGAGGAGAAUACCUUCUGGAGUGGUGAUGCUUGUAUCAAAGUAGAUGGAUUUGUGGCAACCUGGCCAGCAAGCAUAUUUUGGAACAACAAACCAAAUGUACAAAAGAUUUGGUGUGGCGAGAACUUAUGGAAUACUGCAGGUGGCUCAGGAGUGGACAACCCGGGAGAUGUGGAUGCUGGUGGGGGAGGGGGAGGGGACCAGUACACACAGUUGCGUAAUGAGUGGACUCAAGAGGCAGAAGAACUAUUUUCUGACAUCAGCCAACAACUCUACAGGGCCAACUAUAUAGACACUCAGCCAACUAAGCUUGGUGAAGAGGAACCAAAAGAAAGUGAGACCACAGUAGUAGUCAGAGGGGUAUCUCGAAAUCGUAAGCGACGACACUGGUCGAGUCAGCUUGGGGCCAAUUGUCAGCUGCCCCGUUCACGAGGUCUCUCCCUCUCCCGCCCUCUUACUCUGUGAUGCAGUCUUAAAGCCAUCAUUGUGAGAUUGUUAAUUGCACUUUUAUCGCUUUUGUUGAUUUUUCAUUUCAUUUAAUCAUACAUUAAUCCAACAAAUGAGAUGUAUGUGCUCGAAAGCGUUAACGAUAUAAUUACUCAUUUAUUGGGAUUAUUUAUGGUAUUAUUUAUGAAAUUAAUUAGAGUGUUUGAAUGAUUAAUGGUAUCAAUUUCUUUUUAUUCAUUUAUUUGUUAGCAAGUGAAGUUAAAUACCAAAACGAUGAUUAUUCACAUUACAGUACUCUGUAGUUAGUUAGAUCAAUCUCACAAUUUGGGCUAACAUCACUGUCAGUUGUUUCAACUGUUUUUAUGUUUGUUUCGUUUCUUUCUUGUAAAGUUACGAUAAACAUUUGUUGUUGUUUGCAUUAAAUAUUAUUUUUAUGCAAUGUGAAAUCAUAGAAAUGUAGAAUUAUUGGUAAUAUUAGUGAAAACUGAUUUAACAGAUUCUCAUGCUUUAUUUUCAUAACAUUAUGUUGUUGAUUAUUGUUUUACAUGUUAUCUUAAUUAUAUUAAUAUUUGUCCAUGUUAUUACAGAUGUUGGAUACUGAAUACUGAAUUAUUUAUCCAGCAGUAUUCAGUAGUUAUUAAUUUUAUAUUCUAAUGGAACCUGUUAAAUCAGUUUAAAAUUAAGUUUAAAUUUAGGUUAAAUUUUGUCAAACAGCAGUUAAAUAUGUUUCAAAACUGUAAUUCAUGUUUGAUAAAAAUAUACAUAGGGGCCUAUAUGAAAGAAUAAUUGUAGUUAUUAAUUUGAAAGUAGGUCUUUAUAAAACAUAUGAAGCUUUCUUUAUAGAAAUAGUUCAAACUUUCCAAUUUUGUAAGAGCUCCAGUGAAUAUCAUGUAAUAAUUUGGGUUUUCAAAAUUCUGUACUUAACUUACUGCCAGGUGUUGUAGAUAGAUCUAAUGCACAUUGCAUUUUCCUCUCAAAUUUUAGGGUAAUCCUUAGCUUUUUCUCAAAAUUUUUAUUUUUUCUAACAAUAUUCAACUCACAUAAGGUAAAAAUCAAUAAUUAACUUGUUUACAUUCACAUAAAAAAAGUUACCUAAUAUAUAACUAAAUGAUGUUCAAAGUAAUUUUUACCAUCACAUAGAGGCUUUGGAUUUUGUUGCCAGUGCUAAUUUUUUCUAUAUAACUGUGUCUUAUCAAUGACCAGCUGUAUCUUGCUAGAUAGGUACUAAUGUAAUCGUAAGCUGGAGCCGGGGAGAAGUAAGCGAGCAGAUCACCAAGCUAGAGGAAAUGUGGUGUAAGGAACAGGUUGACUAAUGUGUACAUAGAAUUGAAGAUCGGCCUGCAGGUUGUUAAUUACCUGGAUCAAAAAUUAAGUUGGUGUGGAGUAGACUAAUAUUUAUAAUUUAUUUCACUAAUAAAUGUAGGAGACGUUGAUUUGUUUGAACCUAGUGUUGUAUAAAUAAAGAGAAUAUACUGUCUUGCUAUCUUACUUCAUAAAAAAAAACUAAUUAUUAAAAAAAUCUCUUAUGAGAUAAAAAAAUACAAGUUUAGUUGGUUUAUGUUUGCGAUCGUUAAAUGUGUCCCGCUUGCCCACGUAGCAUAGUGUAUUUGUUCUGCAUCACUUCUCUCUUUUGUAAGCAAUAAAACGUGAAUACUAUAUUUGGAGCUACUUUCAUGUUAAAUUUGCUCAAGAAAUUGUUUCAGUUACUAAAAUCUCCUCUUGGUUCGAAUGCAGUUUAGUAGUAAUUCUCUGUUGUUUUGGUCGAGGGUGUAUUAAAAUUAGAUGUUAGACUUUAUAAUUAUUAUAACAAUAUAAAAAUACUUUCUUUUGUAGAAUAGAAAUGUUGUACACAUUUUAUUUUAUUUAUUUUUUUGUGUAUUACAAUAUUUUCUUGAGUGUUGUCAAGAACUACAAACUUAUUGGCCAGUACAUCUUAAAAUUGUAUACAGAUAAUUAUGUAAAGUAAAAACUCAAAUUACUAGAUUUUUUUAUGUAUUCGGAGUGUUUAUAUAUAAUAUGUGUGUCUUUUACAUAUAAAUAGUGUACCUCUGUAACACUAAAUAAUUUUCUAUUUUUGUUUUGACCUUUUUAGGUAAAAAUAUUUUGAACCAAAUUAGUUCUUAAAACCCUUUAUUCUAACAAGUGGGGUGUCUAAAAAAUAUCUUGUGUUUUAAUACAUUACACAUUUGUGUAAAGGCUACCACUUGCAUCUUUUUCUAUUUAAAUUCAACAAUAAAUUAUAAUAUUCCGCUGAACAAGUGGUAGCAAUGCUUUUAUACCUUUAAUCAAAAUUGUAAUUUAAUUUGUUAUAUUGUUUGAAUUGUAAAUCUAAUUUUUUGUAGAAGGUAAUAAUAAAAUUAAUUUUACCAACAAACUCCUAAAAUCUUAAUGUUAUUUUUUACUCUAAAUUAUUGAUUUAUGUACAAAAUAAAUAUAUGUUGUCUAUUUGUUUCGAUGACCUGUAUUUACUUGUGUAUGUGAUCUGUUAAACUACACUAUUUAAAUCUUGACAUAAAAAUAAGUCAUUUGAUAAUAUCCAUGUUCAUUCUGUCUUGGGAUUUCUAAUUUGUUAAAGAUUAAAUUUUGUAUAAUUGUAAAAGAAGUUUUAAACAUUUAUUUUUGUUUUCAGAAAUCCCUUGCAAAACUGAUAGUUUCAGUUGUAGUUUUAGUUUGGUGUUUGAUUACACUAUUCUAUCUCUAGAGCACUAUUGUGCUUAGUUUGUUUCAAGUAAACAACAUGGCUAACAAAACAUCUGUUGCCUAUCACAUGCGGCCUGCACUAGCUUACCAUAUCUUUCCAUCCCUUUGUUGUUACUAGUGCAGGCUGAAAUUAACAUUAGCUUAGGUUUAAAGUAAUAAAUCAUCUAUUUUGUGAUUUUAUACAGCGGCUCAGUCGGUAGGUAUCCGUUCUCUUCUUACUUGGCGAUUGACACCAGAAGGUAUGAUAUAUUCAGACCGACACUUAAGUUCGCUUGUAUGAAAUACACAAACUAUGAAUUAAACCGUACACUGGUACGUAAAAUAUCACCAUUAAGUUGUUUUAUGGACAUUGUGUUGUUAUAUCAGAAAUAGUCCUGGAUGCUUCAUUUCAAAAGUUCCAUUGGCUGACAUGUCACUAAGCCUACAUAUAUUUUUUAUGGAAUUAACUAAACUCUGUUUUCUGUAAUGUAUAGAAUUGGGAUUGAUUGUUUAGGAUUAUCUUGAUUUGUACUGUUUGAUAGUGCCUUGGUGUUAUUUGUCACAUUUCAAACUUUUAAUUGACAUGCUUUCUCACAUGUGCGUGUUAUAUGAAGAAUUAAGUGUUUUUCAAACACACAUCUUACUUCUCUGCUGGUUAGUUCUUAAUUUUAAAGUACUAUUGCAACGUACCGUUUUAAUUGGGCUUAGUGAUGUUGUUUAUAUAAUUCAUUAUAUUUUCUGUUUAAAAUACAUGCAAGUGCCAAACACUUUUUUUCAAAUUGUAUAAGAUAGUCAGGACUGGAAAUGGUUUUUACUUCCUAAUAAAAAUUUAAACUGUCCAAUACUUUGCUUUGUGAGUAUAAGUCUAAUAUAAAGCCAGGUAUGGAAUGUCAACUGAAGUUGUCGAGUAUAAUAAAGUACCAAUAAUUCAUAAAACAGAUGAAUACUUGAAUAUUGGUACAAUUUUCUUCUUCAAUCUUAAGUUGACUUUAAUUUAACUCGUAUUCAACACACCAUAUUGUUUCCAUUUAUUUGUUAUCAUUACUUUUAUUUGUUCACUAAUUUUCAUGUAUUAAAUAACUACAGAUGCUAUUAUUUAAUUUUAUUAUUUCAUUAGCAGUAAAAGCAAUUUUUAACUUAGGAAAUUACAUUAUUGUUCACUUCAAAAGUAUUUAUAUUGUCUAAUGUGUCCAGAAAGCCUUGUGUAAAAUAGCAUUUUCAUACAGAAACAUAUUGAUUUUUUGCCAGGUUUAAUUUGGUUUGUUUAUUUUUGACUUUGCACAGUUACAUUCUUUAUUAGUGUUAUGAAAAGGCUUACCAAAACUGGGUCAGUACAUAAAUACAAAAUGUUUCAUUGUGAGAAAGCAUGUAUUACGUCUCAGUCAAGUUAUUUUAUGUUUACGUUUAAUUUAAAAAAAUAUUAAAUUGGUACAUUUUUACUAAAUUCAGUGUUAGUAUAAGUUGAAGCAUUGACGAUAUUAUUUUCGUUCAAUAAAUUACCAAUGUUCAGUUA